CCGUCUGGCAAUGGGGAAUGGACUCUCGGACCAGACGCCGAUCCUUUCCAGCCUACCUUCGUUCCAGAGUUUCCAUAUCGUCAUCUUGGGACUCGACUCCGCUGGGAAGACGACAGUGCUAUACAGACUGCAGUUCAAUGAGUUCGUCAACACUGUCCCCACGAAAGGAUUUAACACGGAGAAAAUCAAAGUGACGCUGGGCAACUCGAAAACGGUCACUUUCCACUUCUGGGAUGUAGGCGGGCAGGAGAAGCUGAGGCCGCUGUGGAAGUCGUACACGAGGUGCACCGAUGGCAUUGUGUUUGUGGUGGACUCCGUCGAUGUUGAGAGAAUGGAGGAAGCUAAAACAGAACUUCAUAAGAUCACUAGGAUAUCCGAAAAUCAAGGAGUGCCUGUCCUUAUCAUUGCUAACAAGCAGGACUUGAGGAACUCUCUCUCCCUUUCUGAAAUCGAGAAGAUGUUAGCGAUGAGCGAGCUGAGUUCUUCAACACCCUGGCAUUUGCAGCCUACCUGUGCAAUCAUUGGAGAUGGACUCAAAGAGGGACUGGAGAAGCUACAUGACAUGAUAAUUAAGCGAAGGAAAAUGCUGAGGCAACAGAAAAAGAAGAGAUGAGUUCUAUUUUGACCUUCCUAUUUUAGAGUAGUAACAUGGUCAAAAUUUGACAGGAGACAGCUUCCAAACCCAGGCCUGCUUGUUUGGAUGCCAUUAAGCUUAGUUACAUUAAACAAUCAGUUGCACAGCCUCGCCGUGUGGAGGGCUGUGCUGUCAUGGAACUUUUGUUGGUUUGGGUUUUCUUUAGUUUUGUGUUUUUCACUCUAGUCUCUUCUGAGUUUUAUGGCUCUGCAUUAUUUCAGAAGCCCUAAUAGAUGAUGUAAUACUAUCAGGAAAUGGAUGGGUGGGUAUAUGUGACAUGGAUGUCUAAAU